AUGUCGGGGACGCCUAAUUAUAGCUCGAGUGUUGGCGGAAGAAGGGCCGAUUUUAGCACAAUAAUUGCUAGUGGCUUUCCAGUGAAGGUACGCAUCCAAACCCUUCUCAGGAAAACACCUAGCAGUCUACAAUCACCUGCAAAAAGCAUGAAGCAUGAGAUGGAUAUAACUUCCGCACCAGAGAGAAAGCUGGUGAAACAAUUGCGUGCUUCAAGCACGCAUUCUUUUGUUGCGGGCAGUACUCCUGCAGUCAAUGGGAAAUAUCAGAAACUCACUGAAGAUUGGGAAUCAAAGAAGCUUGAUUUGAUAACCGGUGGAAGGUUGCUUCAAGAUGGCCUUGUUUACAGGAUAUUUGUGCAGGAUACUGCACUUAACCAAAGUAGAAUUACAGGGCUAAUAGCGGAUGGUUUUGGUUCAACACGAGAGAUGAGUAGAAAUAACCUUAUAUGGGUAGUUUCAACUCUGCAUAUUGUAGUGGAACGCUAUCCUACCUGGACUGAUGUUGUUGAAGUAGACACUUGGAUGUAUGCGUCGGGAAAGAAUGGUCUGGGUCGUGACUGGAUAUUUCGUGACAGCAAGACUGGUGAAACUCUGGCUACCGCAACCAGCGUAUACGUGAUGAUGAAUAAGAAAACGAGGAGAUUGUCCAAGUUUGCCAAGGAAAUGAGGGAUGAAAUUGAGCCUUAUUUAAUGGAUUGUGAGUGUCCCAUCAUCAAUAAGGAUAGCAGAAAAAUACUGAAACUUGAUGUUAGCACAGCAGAUCAAAGAUGCACAGGUUUAUCACCUGGAUGGAACGACAUGGAUAUCAAUCAGCAUGUGAGCAAUGUAAAGUAUAUUGACUGGAUUCUUGAGAGCGUUCCCCGUUCAUUUAUGGAGCGUUACUACCUCAACGCAAUGACUCUGGAAUACAAGAAGGAGUGUGACAUGGACAGUGUGUUGCAAUCUCUCUCCAAAAUGGUUGGUGGAGGCAAUAGCGAUUCCUUCAACGCGAAUAAGGUGAUAGAGUAUGAUCACAUGCUUCGUCUCGAGAAUGGACCCGAGAUCCUGAGAGGAAGGACCGUGUGGAAGCUUAAAGACACGAACAGCUGCGUCAAUAAUUAUAUAUAUUGAAGUGCAGAUUAAUUACAGCUGAAAAUACUGCACAGUACGUGCGAAUUAAUACAUAUAUGCGCAAGCUCCAGUUCAAUUGAUGCUACUGUAGC